AUGCCGCCUAAACAGCAGGCGCGCGGGCGGGGACUUCCGGGUAGGAGGCGGCGGCCUCGGGCCCCAGCGCGCAUGCGGCUCCGUCUCCGACUCCGGAUGGUGGGCAUACCACGUGAUCCUGCCGCCAUCUUUCUUCCUGGCGGCGGCUUCCGGCGCUGGCGUCUCCGCCCUACUGCGCCGGCGCGUGGCGAGGGCGCGUUGCCGGGAGGCCUAGCACUUUCUUCCCAGGUGAGGGGUCCCGGUUGUCCCGAGGGCCGGGGCUGCGGGGUGUGGAGGUUGUGGCUGGGGGGAGCGGAAUGGCGCGUUCGGCCGCCCCGGAGCCCCUGGCUUCAGUUUCCCCGAGGGGGUCGCGGGUCCCACCUCGCCGGCGCGUGGGGCGGGGGUCCUGCGGCCCUGGGGGGCUCGCUGCUCGCGGUCCCGUCGGCGGAGGGGGCCCGAGUUCGCGGGGUCCGCAGGGCCUGGCCGGGCCCUGGGGAGGCGUCGCUGCCCUCCCCGGCGUGGGUCGGGGUCUGGCGGACGGGGACCGGGGCCUGGGUUGGGCACACGUGGAGGGCCGGCGGGUGUAGCCGGAGCGCGGCCCGGCCCGGGACCCCCGCCUCCGUCUGUCCCCGCAGACUCGAUCGCAGCAUGGCCUCUCUCCUGCUGAGCAGGCUGCUGAGCUCCGCGGCCCGCCCGCUGCUGCGCCUGGGUCUCCCCGCGGCCCUCCCCGCGCCCCUGCGGCCGCCCCCCGGCCUGGCGCCGCCGCCCGCGCUGGGCUUCAAGACCAAGGCCGUGCUGAGGCGGCGCUGCGCCCACUGCCGCCUGGUGAAGCGGCGCGGCCGCUGGUUCGUGUACUGCAGCGCCAGCCCCAAGCACAAGCAGAGGCAGAUGUAGCCCGGCCUGGACGGGAAGGCCCCGCGGAAGUGGCUUUGCCUGUGCAAGGAGAGAUGAAGUCUGAACCGUGCGUGCUCCGAGACCCUCGGCCUUGAGGUGCUGCCGGCUCGGCCCCCGGCUGUCUCACCCCUGUGUGUGUACCUUCCUGCAAGUUGUGCCUGUGCCAGAGCCGGAGGUCACCAGGCAGUGUGAAGGGACGGCUGGUGGUGUCCGCCGACGUCAGAAUGCAGGCACUUUAGAAAGGACCGAGUUAAGUCUGGAUGGCACCGUGCGACAGCUUCUCGACGCGGGUGCAGUCCUGUUGUCCCAACAUUCCCUACCUUCCAGGGUGAGAGUGAAAGAUGGGGAUAGCCAUUGUAAACUCAAGGAAAAUUUAAUUUGCUUACAUACAAAUGUAUUUUGGAGAUCAAUUAAAUAUGUUUGUCACCCUA